CACAGUGAAAUUAUGAAAACGGCUGAAGUAAAUUUAGGACCAUCUUCAAAUAUUUUUAAACCUUUUUGUACACAGGCGUACUCGUGUAAUAUUGAUCAACCUACAGGCUUGGAAAAUGUGAACAUGAGUGCCAAUGAAACACUUCUAAAGGGUGACUUCCUUAAAAUGAAUAAUACAAAAGUCAACAAGGAAGAUAAAGAAGUAGGAGAGUCAUUUGACUCAAAUGAAACGUUACUUAAAAAGAAUGAAGGAGACAAGUAUGAUUUAAAUAUGAAUGUGCCGAGGGAGGUUGGAUACAAACCUCAGAAAAACAUUGUGGGAGCCGAUUGCAGAAACAAUAAGUCUUUCGCCGUUGACAAAGCGAAGCGUAAUUCCAAACAAGCAGUUUAUAAUACAAAAGGUAUCGGAUCACUAGAGAUAAACAACGCUAAAUCUUUAAAACAUACUGAACCAAUUUCCGACCCGGCUUACAACAGAAAUAUUUUCAAAUGUACUCUUGUGCAGAGGAAACAGGCUAUAAAUACAGCCUAUGAGGUGCAAAAUCUAGAGCCUAUCUAUCCCAGAGUUUCAUCAGUAGUAUUGACACCUGAGAUUGAUAAACCACUUUUUUCUCCGAAAAGAUCUUCAAAUAAUGUCAAAACCUAUAAAGAGGGCAACUGUGAAGACGAGAUAAUUGUGAAUGUACCAGACAAGGGGCGUAAUUCAAAAAUUACCGUUGGCGAAUCUUACUUAAGAUCACUGAUUAAGGAAAGCUUUUUGAAAGUAAAAGAGGAAGAAAAUUACAGCAUACAAAACAACGUUAGUUCGGACGGAAUGUUCUUAGAGGACUCGUCUGGGUAUGGAUCAGAAGAAGAAACCUGUGACGAUGAUGUUGGCAUUGAUGGUUUUGAUUCCGAUGACUCCUUUGGGUCUGAUGUUUGUUUUGAACACUCCAACGAAAGAGGUGAAAUAUGUGAUUUUUCUUGUAACGAUUACCAACCAACAUAUUUUGACACGAGUGGGGAGGAAAUUGAUAAUCCCAUCCAGGAGGAAUGUGAAGAGACAUUGGCGAAAGGAGAGGGAAUCUCCCGCACAAAUUUCGAUAGCGAAGUGUUUCCCUACUUAAGAAGGAGUUAUAAGCGAAGGUCAUCUGAGAGUCCGUGUAACUUGCCUGUGAUUGAAGAAGAAACGUCAACUUCUGUUCUGGCCCCGCUAUCCGAAGAGGAAUUUGACCUUGACUACUGUCUCGUUGACAGCAACGGAAAGGCCAUACAGCUGUUUGACCACAAUGGCCUCCCCCUCACGGACAGACGUGGAAGGCCUUUGCGGACGGCUAAGGGAGAGCCCCUCAUGAAAUGCGACGAUGAUGGCAUACCCCUUGUCGACUAUAAUGACUGCUCCGUUUUCGACAUGUUCGGCCGCACACCGAAUCACAAGGACUUCGAUCCUGCGAUGGCCCCGAAGAUGCCGACGUUCAACAGACUGGCGGCGUGUGAUGGCAAGCCCCUGCUCCUGUACGACGCCCAGGAUCGUCCUCUUACCAGCGUCAGUGGGACUAUGCUAGUCGACUCUUCUGGCCGAGGACUGAUUCGUCUCGCCACCAAACCGGAGGACGAGUAAUGUUAAGGAUAUAAUCAGUGGAUAUUCUGUGUUAACCUGUAACUAGUAAGUAGUAAACUCCAUGUAAUAAUACAAAUGUUAUGGAAACUUAUCUCAUUCGAAAAUAUUGUAAAAUGGUAUACUUAUGUCUUUUUUACUCAAAUACAGUGUAACAUAAUGUUGGUA